AUGACACAAGUCUUUGCCUGGCAGGUAUGUGCACGUUUAGGAGUUCCUCUUGAGGUGGUGCCGCUCUCAAAGGAAUACUGGAGUCGAGUAGUAGUGCGCAGCAUAUCACAAAUAAAGAGAGGAUACACUCCCAACCCCGAUGUUCUGUGCAACUCUGAAGUCAAGUUUGGUGCCUUUUACGAUUUUCUGGAGAAGCACAGUGACAGUUUUGACCGCAUUGCUUCGGGUCACUAUGCUGGGUUGGUGAGGGAUGCCAAUCAGCAGUUGGUCAAGCUUGCUGUCACUACUGAUGCUAUCAAGGAUCAAACAUACUUUUUGGCACGACUUGAGCAGCAGCAGCUUGCAAAGGCGAUGUUCCCUUUAGGGCGACUAGAUAAGUCCAUUGUCCGGGAGCUAGCUAGAAUUGCUGGUCUGCCAACGCAGUUUCGAAAAGAUAGUCAAGGUAUAUGCUUCCUGGGGAAGGUUAAAUUUAAUGAAUUUGUCAAGGAGCACCUUGGGGAGUGGCCUGGACCCCUGUUGGAGGAGGAGACUGGACAACAUUUGGGACUGCACAAGGGCUAUUGGUUUCAUACGAUUGGGCAACGGACGGGUUUGGGACUUGCAGGGGGGCCAUGGUAUGUUGUUCGCAAAGACAUCGAUUGGAACGUCGUAUUCAUAUCUCAGAACUACAGCGCAUUGGAGGAGAACCGCGGCAGCUUCAGGUGCACCUCAGUAAAUUGGAUAAGUGGUCCCCCUGAACCAGACAAGCAGCUGUACUGCAAAGUGCGUCAUGGCCCACACUCAUACGCGUGUGAACUGGUGGUUGAUGAGAGGGGUCAUGGGACUGUGACGAUUCAUGGACGCGAUCAGGGCCUUGCAGUGGGUCAAUAUGCUGUCUUCUAUCAGGACAUGAUUUGCCUUGGUUGUGCAGUCAUAGACUGGGUGUGA